CGCACCUGACUCGCUCAGAAGGGAAGACAGGAACCUGGCUGCUGAGCUCGCGGUCAUGCCGGUGAGUACCGUAUACCGGGGGACGCUCGCGCACUCCACGCGGGACGAGGCACUCCAGAUCCUGGAGGACUUCGUGCUGGGAGUGGACGCCGAGGGGAAGAUUGCCUUUAUUGAGGAAGGUCAGAAUGUGGACAGUCUCUCACAGACAUGGGGCUUCCAAACCUCUGAUAUUAUACAGCUCGAGCAGCAUGAGUUCCUCAUGCCAGGAAUGGUUGACACACACAUCCAUGCUUCGCAGUACAGUUACUCAGGCACUGCCCUCGACCUGCCCCUCUUAGACUGGCUCAACACGUACACUUUCCCUGUGGAGUCACGCUACAAGGAUCUGGACUUUGCCAGGGACGUCUACACCAAAGUUGUGAAAAGAACUCUACGUAAUGGAACCACAACAGCGUGUUACUUUGCCACUAUACACACAGACGCAUCGCUCCUGCUUGGACAAAUUGCAGAUGCCUUUGGGCAGAGAGCGCUUGUUGGGAAGGUGUGCAUGGACUGCAACAGUAUGGUGCCAUACUACAAAGAGCCACUGAAGGAAUGCAAAGAUGAGACGCUACGAUUCAUACGUGAACUACUCAAGAAAAAGUAUGCCCGUGUGAAGCCGGUGGUGACCCCACGCUUUGCGGUGUCCUGUUCCUCCUCCCUGCUCCACACCCUGGGAAAGAUUGCCAAAAACAAUGACCUACACAUUCAGAGCCACAUCAGUGAAAACAAAGCGGAGGUAAAGUUGGUAAGGCAACUUUUUCCAGACUGCAAAUCAUACACGGAUGUUUACCUCAAACAUGACCUGCUAACAGACAAGACGGUGAUGGCUCAUGGUUGCUACCUGAGUGACGAGGAACUGAAGAUUUUCCAUGAGAGAGGAGCAGCAAUCUCUCACUGCCCAAACAGCAACCUCUCCUUGGCCAGUGGCAUGCUUAACGUUCGUAAUGUUCUAAACCACAAAGUGAAGUUGGGCUUGGGCACAGAUGUAGCAGGAGGCUACUCCGCCUCCAUACUAGAUGCUCUUCGUCGAGCUAUGGACACCUCCAAGGCCCUGACUAUGCAGGAUGCUCAGCUUCAGACUCUCACCUUUGAAGAGGCCUUCCGGUUAGCCACGCUUGGGGGCAGUGAGGCACUCUCAUUGGAUGAUCAGACAGGAAACUUUGAAGUAGGGAAGGACUUUGAUGCUCUGCGAGUGAACAUGUGUAUUCCUGGAGGCCCGGUCGAUGUGUUUCCUGGACAGGGGCCCAAGGUCAUUUUGGAGAAAUUUCUAAAUCUGGGUGAUGAUCGGAACAUUGUUGAGGUGUUUGUGGCUGGGAGAAGAGUGGUGCCCAUUUCCAGAACUAUAGAAAUUAUUCCAGAACCCUCAGCAAACAAGGCCAUACAGCUAUUAACUAGGAGCUCUGACACACUGCUGGACAGAAGACAGCACUUUAUAAUAUAACUCACAUGGUUUAACUGUUAAUAUUUCAAUGUGUUACAUUAUGUGGCGAUAUCAAUCUCACAUACAGCACUUUAUAACGACAUAACUCAAAAGGUUUAACUUCUAAUAUGAAUGAAUAUUAAUAAUUUUAAUACAAGAUUUAACUUUAAAUAUUGUGUUAUAUUCUGUGGUGAUAUAAUAAUAAUUUUGUAAGGCCAAAAUGCCAUGUUUUUCAUUUUAGGACAGUUUGUUUAUUUUUAUGAGCAUAAUGUAGCCUUGUUGUAAAUUAAGCACUACUAUACCUGGAGUUUUAGUUUUGCUGACUGUAGUAACUGUUCAGAAGGAAUUAAAGUACCAUUUUGACAUUUUUU